CCGCCUCUUUCUUUCUCUCCCUCAGCUUGUCUGUCUCCCCCCACACUUCAACUCCUUCGGCCAAGGCGCCCUUCUCAUCCUUUUCCCGCGCCGAUAACUGAGAGUCAUGGCCGUAGAACCAUUCUUGGGGACCAGGGCCCAAAAGGUCUUCAUUGGCACCAGUGCCGCUCAGGCAGUCGUGGUCCUUGUAAUGAUCGGAAUUGCGUUCGGAAAGAUCGCAGCCCAUGUAGAUUUUUCGUCGUCGAAACAGGAGUACAAGACCUUGCCAUGCUAUCUUGCUCUCUUCGUCCUUGCAGAGCUAUUCGAACUCGCCAUGGCUUUUGAUGCCCUUCGACAGAGAAAUGUCAUCCAGUUGAUCGGUAUCCUUCUCUUCCAUGUCGCCAUGAUCGUUUUCGCCGCCAUUCAAGUACAUGAAACCAAUUCUGCCUUGUCAUCCACCACCUCUACCCAGGGGCUCUUCCCGCAGGUGGAGCCAUUCCUCAUCGUCGUCCCUUGCAUUGUCGCGGCAGCAUGGUGUGGAAUGAUAUGGACUGUGAGGGCGCUGUACUAUGAAUUCGGUUGGGCUAUCUUCCGAGUCGUUGGAGCGAACCCUGCGAUGAAGAAGAUGUACCAGUUCUACCAGGUCAUGCUCUGCCUUCUCAAAUUCGAUUUCUUCUGUUUCACCGGUGUCACCAUCCAACUCUUGAUCGUCGUUCUCCAAUCGAGCACGGCUGAAUUUGGAUUGACUAUCGCUGCCAUCCCCGUAGUUUUCUUCCUUCUCAUCGGUGCCGGCAUCGCCGUUACACACGAAGUCAAGUGGCUCAUGACGAUAUCACUGGUACUCAUGUUGGCCGCUGAGACAUAUUAUCAGUACUCGUCCCCACAAUUCUACCCACCGUUUUUAGUCGUCUACAAGCUUGAACGCUUUUUCGACCCGUCUACCAGCGCGCAGUACGUGAGCACCCGUGCCACACUGACCACGUUCACUAUCGUCGCCUUCUGCAUUCUCUUCGCCACAUUCGCGGUCGGUCUUCGGUGCUUCGCCGACUUCGACAAGGGACUCGUCCGACCCAAGACUUAUGACGCCCCGCUUUUCAAGUCAAGAAGGACGUCGAGCUACAACGCCAGCACGCCAGGGAACAAGGUCGAGGACAACAACAUCGACCUGGACGGCGAGCCACUAGAAACGAGGAUGUCAAUCGAAUGAUCCUACGGUUCUUUCUACGAUCUUUUUGUGAUAAUGACUUUCCUUGUUCCACGUCUGUGUUGCUUGUUUUCUUUGCGUUUAAGACUUCCGUGUUACCCUUUGUGACGAGUGGCACUUUCGUGUCUGUCUUCACCGAGCUGUCCUUGUUUGUUUUCUGGCUCUGUAGCUAUUGGGCGGUUGGUUGACGCUUGAUGACUCUGGAUGACUGCCUCGGUUUUACUCUCCCAUUCACCCUCACUACUACCCUUACUUACUGGUAUUGUAACCCGGACUUACUGCGCGUUUUCGCUCGUCGUUACCACCGAGCUUAGGAUUAUUUAUUUUAUUCGGACACCCGCCUUGUUCUACCUACGUACCGCACCCCCUGUUUCCUGUUCUUAGCUUUGUCGGUUGUUCUUUAUCGACUAACGCUCUCUUGGUUUUGGUUUUGGUUACGAUCUCCCCUUGUACGGCUUAACUUAUGCGAAUACCACCGCCCGGUACGCGACAUUCACAUUCUACAUAGCGCGAAUGAUUGGGUACUUUUAUGGCCGACAGGGUGUGAUCUGCUGGAUUGACCGACCGCUCGACCUCAAACGUCCAGCGGCGCAAACCCCAUCCUCUCAUUCCCUCCAUCCCAAAUACUAUAAUAAUGCUUCAACAGGCUCCCUCCGAUGAUAUAAGUCUCCUCCACAGCAUUGAUGAACGUCUGGCACGUGCUCGGAUCCUCUGCGAAGGGCCCGACGCUGAGUUCGGAGGUGGGGAUGGUGAGAUUAUAAGGGUUUGAGUCGAUGGUGAGGAAGGUGAUGUCAAUUGUGGAGGUGAGGGU